AUGGGUCAAGAAGAUGAUACCUCUAGGUGUAAUAAAGUUGGUGGUGCUGGUGCUGGUGGUGGCAGUAGAAAAGGUGCUGGUAGACCUUGCAAAAAGCCAAAACCAAAGAAGGUGCCUCAGAGAGGACUUGGUGUGGCACAGCUUGAAAAAAUUAGACUUGAAGAAGAAGAGAAGGAGAAAGCAGCAGCAGCAGGAGGAGGAGGAGGUCCAAUUGGAUCAUCAACCAAUUCCCCCUCUGAUCUGCAUCUUCAAUUCGCAAACUUUCCCCACUCCAAUCAACCAUCUUCUCAAAAUUCGUUGCCUUCAAGCACUGUUUCAUUAGCAAACAGUGGUGGCUCUGAGGCUUGCUGGCAUGGUGUUCCACCUCAGGGGCAUGUUGGUGGGCCCCAGAUGUGGGCCCCCCAUAAUUUUGAAUUUGAGAAGAAGAACUUUGGGAUGGACACUAAAUUGACCCUUGCAUCAAGUUUGUCUUGUCAGUCCAACCCUAUUAGCCCCCCCUUCAAUUGGGUGCAGAGAACACAACAACAUCAACAGCAUCCUUCUCCAUCAAUUGUGAGUGCCUCCUCAGGGACUUCUUCAGCAACUGUGCCUCAUUCCUUAUUAGAGAUCCCUUCAAACCAAAACUACAUUGGAAGCUAUGUUUCUAAGAGGCAGGAGGAGAGGAUGACAGGGAUUAAAAGACCAAGCCCCUUCUCCCUGGAAACUCCACCUGUAUCCUCUUCCAAUUUUAAACCCUUCACUUUUCCUUCUCCUAUAAACGCAAGUGAAGCAAUUUCGUGCCGUCGUGGAAGGGAAUUCAACUUGGAUUUUAGCAAUUCAACUAUAAGGGAAAUUCCUUCCCUUGAAGCAUCCAACUCAGAGCUGAACUCAAAGAAAAAGAAGAAAGAGAACAAGAAUUUUGGUGGGGAUUUUCUUAGGUUAGCUCCUCCUAUUCCAUGCUCAAGUUCCAAGUCAGCUUUCCAACCAUUUCACCCCCUGGAAAACAUGAAGAAUCAAGUCCCUCUCCCAUCAGGGUACAAUCAAUUCAAUCAGCAAAAGCAACAUUGGUACAAUUUCAUCCCUCCAUCAGCAAAUGUAGCACAAAUUGGACAACAACAAUCAGACAGGUUUCAGAAUCAUAAUGUGAUGGGAAGAAGUGCUAAUCUCGAUCUCAGUUUGAAGCUCUGA